AUGGCUCCGGUUUCGGCUCUCGCCAAGUACAAAUUAGUCUUCUUGGGGGAUCAAUCCGUUGGUAAAACGAGUAUUAUUACUCGCUUUAUGUACGACAAAUUCGAUAACACUUACCAGGCAACUAUUGGUAUUGAUUUCCUCUCCAAGACAAUGUAUCUUGAAGAUCGAACUUUGCAAAGAAUUUUCUUAUCUUGCACGUUCAGGGAUACUGCUGGACAAGAAAGAUUUAGGAGUCUCAUCCCCAGCUAUAUUAGGAACUCCUCUGUUGCAGUCAUAGUGUUUGAUGUUGCAAAUAGUCCUUUCUUAACACUUCAAAGUGGAUCGAGGAGGUUCGCACUGAGAGAGGAAGUGAUGUUAUUAUUGUCCUUGUUGGCAACAAAACUGAUCUUGUGGAUAAAAAGGCAAGUAUCUGUAGAGGAUGGAGAGGCUAAAGCUGGUGAACUUAAUUUCAUGUUUAUUGAAACUAGCGCGAAAGCUGGCUUCAACAGAAAGGCAUUAUUUCGGAAGAUUGCGGCAGCAUUGCCAGGAAUGGAAACAAUAUCAUCGACAAAACAAGAAGAUAUGGUUGAUGUGAACCUCAAGAAACCCUGCCCACAGGCUCAAACUUUGCUCUCCAUUCUCCAGAACUACCAGCAAAUCACUCCUCAGACCACACAAGCUGCUAUUUGCCAUGUCCUGUUGGGCAUCAAAGCCCAAAACUCCACUAAUUACCUACGACUCCCCUUAGGCAUUGGCAAGUCCAAA